AUUUCAAGAUGAUUUAGAGAUAUAACUUUGAUACAUCAAGUAUCUAUGACGGAACGCAACCCAUUUGUAUCUUCUAGUGUUUCCCGCGUAGAAGAAUACGAUUUAUCAGUCGAGUUGCAAUCAAUACACACUACUCCUAAUGUUGUUCAUACUUCGAAUGGUAAAACACAAGUUGAAACUGUGUCGGUAGUUGAAGAUAUUGGUCCAUUAUCUUUUACUAACCCUCCUAAGAAUUUAUUUCGUAUUAUUACUUCUUUAAUUUGGGCUUUCGGUUUGGGCCUUUCAGAUGGUUCAGUUGGGGUAUUAUUGAAUUAUAUUGAAAUUCAAUACCGUAUUUCAUAUUCUGUUGCUUCUAUCUUAUGGUUGAGUAAUGCUCUUGGAUUCAUCAUUGUUGCCUUACUUUCCGAUGUGAUCCAAAAGAGAUUAGGAAGAAAAUCAAUCUUCUUGGGAUGUCUCUCUUCUAUAAUGAUGUACACAUUGGUCCUGACUGGUCUGAAAUAUCCCGUAGUAGUUAUUGGGUUUUUCUUUGGUGGGGUAGGUGCUGGUAUUUGUGUUGCCCAGUACAAUGUAUUUAUUGGAAGAUUAGAAAAAUCAUCAACGGCUCUUGGAUAUUUACAUGGUUGUUAUGGUUUAGGUGCUUCAGUUGCACCAUUAAUUGCAACAGCAUUUGUUGAAGCUGGGAUUAAAUGGAAUUUCUUUUAUUUGGUUGUUUUGGGAGUAUUCUUGAUAUCUGCAGUUAACACAUACAUAUCAUUUGUCCAUGGAGAAGACGAUCUCAAACCAUGGGAUGAUGAGCAACAACCACAACAGCCCCAGACUCUGGAAGCAAAACAACCUGGGUUGAUGAAGGAAGCCUUAAAGACAAAAGUCACUUGGUUUUCUUCGUUAUUCGUCUUCUUUUACCAAGGAGCAGAAGUUGCAUUUGGUGGUUGGAUCACUACCUAUUUAAGAGAUUAUAGGCAUCAUACUAAUGCUUCAAUUGGGUAUGUUGCUUCAGGUUAUUGGUUUGGAUUAACGUUUGGAAGAUUAGUAUUGACUAGAUUAAUUCACAAAUUAUUAGGAGCAAGAAGAGGGAAUUGCAUUUUGAUCACAUUAUCCAUGUUGUUUGCAUUAUUGACUUGGGUUAUUUCAAGUUUCCCAAUUGAAAUUGUCACAAUCACUUUGUCUGGGAUAAUGAUUGGUCCAGUUUACCCGUUAAUGAUUUCUUAUAUUGUACUGGAUGAUUUAAUUCCGAGAAAGAUUGCCGUUAUAUCCGUUACGGUGACAACGGCAUUCGGGUCUUCCGGCGGGGCAUUGAUUCCAUUCUUGGUCGGGUUAAUUUCUCAAUUUGUUGGGGCAUAUGUGGUCUUGCCACUGUUUAUAGUUACAUUUUUCUUUACCUUGUGUCUUUGGAUAUUGCUUCCAAAUACCAGAUACACUAAAGGAACUGGAAAGGUUGAUAUUUUCAAGAGAAUUUGGUAGAACAAGUUUUAUUAAAUUCAGUUUUAUUUAUUAUAGGCAUAGCUUGAGUAUAAGUUUAUAGAAUAAUAUGAUGUAAUA